CCUUUCCCCCUCUCUCCAGUCUCACGAGUCACGACUGAAGAGUUAGAGAGAGAUUAAGCGAGUUCUGCAGUUCCGCAAGAGAGGUCUUGAGAGAAAGGCUUGAAAGAUGACCAAGGAAGUAAGCGAGGAAGGACAGGGCCAUCAUGGGAAGGAUUAUACAGACCCACCACCAGCUCCUCUGCUGGAUUUUGGUGAGCUCAAGCUCUGGUCCUUCCACAGAGCCUUAAUCGCCGAGUUCAUCGCUACCCUUCUCUUCCUAUAUGUCACCGUGGCCACUGUUAUCGGUCACUCAAAGCAGGGCGACGCCUGCGCUGGAGUUGGUCUUCUGGGCAUAGCUUGGGCUUUUGGUGGCAUGAUUUUCAUCCUUGUUUACUGCACUGCCGGAAUCUCUGGUGGUCACAUUAAUCCGGCUGUAACCUUUGGACUUUUCUUGGCGCGCAAGGUUUCGCUGAUCCGUGCUGUGGCCUACAUGGUUGCUCAGUGUUUGGGAGCCAUUUGCGGAGUUGGGUUGGUGAAGGCCUUCAUGAAGCACGCCUACAACGCCAAUGGAGGUGGUGCUAACUCAGUUAACGCUGGCUACUCAAAAGGAACUGCCCUGGGAGCUGAGAUUAUUGGUACUUUCGUGCUUGUCUACACAGUCUUCUCUGCCACAGAUCCCAAGAGAAACGCACGCGAUUCCCAUGUCCCUGUGUUGGCUCCCUUGCCAAUCGGGUUCGCUGUUUUCAUGGUGCAUUUGGCCACCAUCCCAAUUACCGGUACCGGUAUUAACCCGGCCAGAAGCUUUGGAGCUGCCGUCAUUUUCAACCGAGAGAAAAUCUGGGACGAUCAUUGGAUCUUCUGGGUUGGUCCCUUCGUUGGAGCACUCGCUGCAGCUGCAUACCACCAGUACAUUCUGAGAGCGGCAGCUAUCAAGGCAUUGGGAUCAUUCCGCAGCAACCCAAACAACUAAGAGAGAAACCCAAUCUAUGCGACCCUCUCAUAGAGUCCUGCCGAUUUCUUGUUUUUAUUUGUUUAUCUCUGUGUGUUUAAAGGAUUAUCUUCUUUCUUAUUUUUCUUUUAAUUUAUUCUCUCUCCCUUUUUUUUUUUUGGGUCUGGGGUCGUGUAACAUCGCUGCUGUAUUAUUGUUUGUAGUGGGUGGGGGGUCUCCUUUUUCCUUCACAUCAUUUCGCCAUUUUACUUUUGUCAUGACAUGGUGGAAUUGCGCAUCUGUGUAUGAUCUUCGUGAUGAAAUGAAAAUGAAAUGCAUUCUUUUCUAGAA